AUGUUCCGGCGACCGCCCAUCGGGAAACACCGACUUCGAUCGUCACGGUCCGCCAUCAGAUGUGUUCAUAUACAAAGUCCACUCCCUCCACACUUAUCUAAGUUAUCGCUGCUCGCAGACAAAUGCACUUCGAUGCGACAGCUCCAACAAAUCCACGCUCAAAUGAUCGUCUCUGCCACCAUAAACGACAACUUCGCCGCUAGCCGUUUACUAUCCUUCUCCGCUCUUUCCCUUCAUGGCGACCUAAUUUAUGCUUCCAAACUACUAAAUAGUGUACAACAACCAAACAUGUUUAUGUGGAACACCCUCAUUAGAGGCCUAGCGAUCAGCCCUGAUCCAAGUGAAGCAUUGUUCCUGUAUAUAAAGAUGCGUCGAAUCGGCGUUACCCCUGGUAAACACACAUUCCCUUUUCUUCUCAAGGCGUGUUCUAACUUACAAUCGCUUACAUCCUGCAAACAAGUACAUACCCAAGUGGUAAAAGUCGGCUUAGACCUGGAUUUGCAUGUUGUGAAUAGUUUGAUCAGAGGCUACUCUGUCUCUUGCAGCUUGGAAGACGCCCGCCAAGUGUUCGACGAAUUUCCUGACAAAAACGUCAACAUUUGGACCACAAUUGUAUGUGGCUCCGCUCAAAAUAAUUGCCCAGAAGACGCAUUGGCGUUGUUCGAUGAAAUGGUAGCUCAAAAAUUCGAACCAAAUGGUCCAAGCCUUUCAUCUGUACUAUCAGUUUGUGCACAAUCGGGGUGUAUAGACAUUGGAGAGAAGAUCCAUAGAUACAUACAGGAGAAAGGACUCGAAACUGGAGUUAUUCUUGAUACUGCUUUGGUGAACAUGUACGCCAAGAAUGGAGCACUCGUCAUGGCUAGAAAUUGCUUCAAUAAUAUGCCUCACAAAAACAUUGUAACCUGGAAUGCGAUGAUUUCAGGGUUAGCAAUUCAUGGCCAUGCCAAAGAAGCCCUCGAUUACUUUCACGAGUUAGAGAGACAUCGGGUGGUUCCAAAUGAUCGGACGUUUGUUGGGGUUUUAUCUGCUUGCUGCCAUGCCGGAAUGCUUGAUUUUGGAUGGAAAAUAUUCAAAUCGAUGAGGAGUGUUUAUGGAAUCGAGCCCAAGAUACAACACUAUGGAUGCAUGGUUGAUCUUCUAGGUCGAGGUGGGAGGGUAGUGGAGGCGGAGGAGUUGAUAAAGGGGAUGCCAUGGAAAGCUGAUUUGAAGAUUUUGGGAGCCUUGUUGAGUGCUUGUGGUAGCCAUGGAAAUCUUGAGGUUGCAGAAAGAGUGGUGAAGAAGAUGAUUGUAUUGGAGCCGGAUAAUCAUGGAGUUUAUGUUGUUUUGUCAAAUAUGUAUGCAGAUGUUGGACGUUGGGAAGAUGUUUUGAGGGUGAGGGGGAUUAUUAAAGAUGGGAGUUUAACGAAAACACCCGGUUGGAGCAUUGUCGGUGGUGAAUAA